AUGGACUUCAAAGCCCGGCAUCUACAAGUUAAAGAGACGAGACAAUCUUUCUUUGACGAGGGGUACCUCGAUUCUCAGUAUACGCAGAUAGAAGCCUUGACGAAAGAUGGAAACCUUGAUUUUGUUGUAGAAGUAAUAACUCUCUAUUUCAGAGAUUCCCCUAAUGUUAUUGCUGCUUUGGAACAUGAAUUCAUCGGCGCCAUCAAAGUUCACAAGGAACUUAACAAAGCAUACACUUUUCUUGAAGCUGGCAACAUUGAAGGAAUAAAAGCUGCACUGCGUGAUAUUAAGAAGGAGCAUAGUGAACUACGCGCAAAGUUUGAGACCUACUUCCAGUUGAUGAGACAAGCUGGUCCAACAGAAUUAGCUGUGAAUUCAAGCUGA